CCCUUCUGUAUUCACGUCUUCGUUCAUAAACCCUUAAGCCUUCUUCGUUUCCUUCUUCGUGUAGCAGUUUCCUUCUCACAACUUCAGAAGAAAGCGAAUUAGAGAUCGAAAUUGAUUAGGGUUAAUCAUCAAAAUCAUGACCGGCAAUUGGAUUGAUUUACUGGUUAUAGGGUUUGUGAGUAUGAUUUGGAGAGUUUCGCGUGGAGUAGAUGCGAAGUAGAUGCGAACCUGGAGCAAUACAAUUGGUGGAGGUUCAGGAGCUGCGGGACUUUCCUCCACCUUAGAAACUGGAGGAAGUAGUGGGUCCAUUAUGUUUGCCGCCUCAAGAGCCGGUGCUGGUGCCCCUGAUGGAAGAAGUGUUUCUGGCGCUGCUAUUUCUAGCAAUGCCCUUGGUUCCACUGGAGUUAUUGGGUAUUCCAGUUGUUCUGUUUCCGCAAGGUGGUUCCUAUGUUCAAGCAGUAUUGCAGCAAGUUCUUUUGGACUGACCGGUUUUCAGCUGUUGUAUUGGCUGCCACUUCAUAUUCUCGUAUGUGUCUGUUAUGCUAUAGGGCUUGUCUGAUUUGUUGUUCAGUUCCUUUCUGAUCUUCUUUUCUUUUCAGUUCUGCUCUAAUAUGCUGCUUGUUAUUCAGUUCUGUUCUGAUAUGCUGCUUGCUGUUCAGUUCAGUUCUAAUCUUCUUUGCUAUUCAGUUUUAGGUGUUUAAUAGCGACACAGUGUUCAUCAGCAAUUAGCUAUUUAUAGAUUCAAGAAAACCAACUUGAUCUCACCAGACAACAAUGAAAUGCAGGAAGAAAAUCAAAUUAAUAUCCUGGAUGAUAAUUUACUAUAAUUUGCAAUAAAAUGCAAGGUGGUUCCUGAAUGAUAAUUUACUAUGUUAACCUGGCUUUUAUUAUACGACAAGAUGUUUCACUCGAGUGUUUUCCUAGAGGCUAGCCUAGUUUUAUCUUGUGACAAUUUGAGAAAAUAAUUUCGAGUCUGGUUCUGUAGAUUGAAUCUGGUCUUGUUCUUUAGCUUUUGUGUCUGGUCUGGUUCUUUAGCUUUUGUGUGCCUAUGCUAUUUUUUUAUGCCUAGUCGGUUAUGGUUUAAGUAUUGAUUCCCUGGCAGACACAUAUCCAAUGAAUACUUGGAAAGGUUUUGAAGCAUUAAAGAUUUAGGCAUGACCUUUCACGUAAAUGUACAAUAUGAUGCAUAUGCUGGUCUAGUUCACAUUUUUUUCAUUCAUGAGAAUCAAAGUGACUAGCUGUAUAAGAAUAUUUAAAAGUUUAAGCAUCAAAAGGAUCAUAAAGGGUUAAAAGACAGAAUACAGUUAAUAUGCCGAUAUACGUAACAGAAAAAUAGUAGCAAAAUUCUAGUGUGACCAAGAGUCCUGUUUAUAAUAGAGAUUUCUAAGUAGAUUAUUUUAGUUGAAACACCAAAAUAGUGUUUUUUGAUCUAUGAUCUGUUUUUGGUUUUAUCAAUAUAAAGGCAAUAAUAGUUAAAGCUUCAUUUUUAGUAAUGAAGAUACACGCAGAGUGAAGAUUCAAAGUUAUUUCUGAAAGAUUAAUUGACACCAUAACCAAAUACUAGAAUAAGAUGUUGUAGACACAUUGCUAAUGUAGGAUUUGUUGGCUAUCUUUGAAAAUGAAGGGAACGAAGUGCUAGGAAGAUGAAACAGGGACUGUUUUUUUUAUCACCCUAUACCUUUCUUUGAUGAUUUGGUAGCACCAAAUCUUUUAGAUUUGAUGAGUUGUUUUCUGCACCAUGACUUAGGCAAGAGCCUCAUUAGAAGCGCCAGAAUUUUGAUAUGGGGUGAGAAAAUGCUAGUAGUAAAAAAGAUUAAAUUUUUUUUUGACAAAAGAUGGUCAGAUGUCCUCAAGACUUCAUAAUUAUAACCAAUCAGCAACAACAACUACAUUUUAAUCAACAUUCGUUCAAAAUUCAUGUGUUUAAGUCUCAGGUUGUAUGGGCAAAAUCAACACUUCAUAUAUUUGUCAUUAGUUAGAAGUAUUAGAUUCGUUUUGUUUAGCCUUUAGAGACUUGCUGUUCAGUUCAAUUCUGAUCUGCUUUGAAGUUCAGUUCUGUUCUGAUUUACUUUGUUGUUCAGUUCCUUGUUGAUCUGCUUUGCUGUUCAGUUUAGUUAUGAUAUUCUUUUUUGUUCAAUUCUUUUCUGAUAGGUUGCUUUGUUUAGUUCGUUUUGAUCUCCUUUGCUCGUUUGUGUUUCUUUCGGUGCAACUCUGUUGUGUGGUUUCCAGCUGUUGUUUUGCAGAAUUAAUCGUAUUAUUUCAUUGUAAUUACAUGCAUUAAUUUUCUUAUUAUAUUGACUAUUAUUUUUCUGUUUACAGGAUGGUAGAUAGAAGGAGAAUGGUAGAUAAAAGGAUGGCAUGAAGGGCAUAUUGAAGUUCUUUUGGACUGAUUUGGACAAAUAAAUUAAAUACUAGAUAGAUUUUAGAUUUCUCAAACUAUUAGUUCUUUUUGGAGGUAACACUUGAUUCGAAAUAAUUUUUUUUAUUUUGUAGUAGUUAGAUUAUUUGGUAUAAUAAUUUCAUUUAAUGAGCUAUUAAAUAAAUACGUAUGAAACUGUUUAUAUUA